AUGACAGUUGCUGUCUCGACGAUAGAUUUUUUUAUCGAUAACUUGGCUGACCACUUGUCAACCAAGAACUCAUUUGUAUUGAUGAAAGAAUUGGAUUCUGAUCCUUAUAUCAAUUAUAUGAGACAAGGGAUCUUGGAUAUUUCAAAGUCAAAUAGUGAUUAUGCAAUUAGGAAGCUUUUCACAGCACUAAAUGCCAUAUCAACAUCCAUAUCGAAGUCUUCUUCAACAUCAACAUCAUCAGAAUCAUUCUCCACAUCGUCUUCAUCACCAUCAAUAAACUUGAAUGCAACGAAGGAUAAAAUAGUUUUGUUUAUCCAAAAGUUAAUGAUCAGCUUGGUUACACAAAACUAUGAUUCAGCUAAAAAUGAGGCUUUCAACCCUAUUCUUGCGAGUUUUGGAACACAUAAACUCAGAUCUUCUAUUCAAUCUUUUUCUCACUCAGACGCCGUUGCCAACUCCAAAUUUUUAUAUCUAAGCAGAAGAUUUCCUGAAGGGUUGUCUUUCCAAGAAUUGACGAGUUUUAUGGAUAUAAUUUCUUCCAUAAUCUCUGAUAGAUUCCCGAAAUUUGAGUAUCGAAAUUUAAGUAUGAAUCAUGGAACAAAUUCGUCACAAAGAGCACCAUUGCUUAUGUAUGAGCCAUCAGCAACAAGAGAAUCUAUUGAUAGUUUUUGCGGCAACUUGUCGACAUUCGUCUCCCAUUCAAAUUCUCGCUAUUAUCUCAACUACUUACGUUCAAAACUAUUAGGCCAAUCAUAUAGCACCCUUUCCUCACUGUCAGUAGCAUCGUCAUCUUCCGCUACUUUAUCGUUAUUGUCAUCAUCCUCUGUCACAAAUGUGGAUGAUAUUCAGAAAUUCAUUCAGCUUAUAGAAUAUUCUUCUUUUGAUCAUGACGUGCAUCUUUUAGCCGAUUAUUUUGAGUUUAUUUGGGAUUUUAUUAAAUUGUAUCAGGAUGAUUCCGCGUUACAGAAAUUAUUUAUGGUAAAUUUUGGUAGGGCAAUCAAACAUUGGAUAUCGAGAUUCCCAAAUGAGUAUGUUGAAAUGACCGCAUCUGCGUCAAACAAAAAUACCAACAUUUCAGAAAAAGCUAGGAAAUUAUUCCACUAUAUGUGCCAAUUCCUUCCUAAACCAUCAGACCCAAACAAUUAUUUUGACCUAACCAAUCAAAGGAACUUCAUCAGGCCAUUAAUAAUCUUGUUAUGUCUAGUUAUUCUGCCAUUUGAAAAAAUUAAUCUGCUAGGAGCAUGGAGUUUGUUGAACGUAAAAUCACCGACAGAUGAUGAUUCCAAGUUGGCUAUGAUUACUAGGAACCAGGAAUUGAAAUUUUUAUCCACUAUAUUGAAACAUACAUUGUUAGGAAUGAAGGAUAAUAACGAAAGCUAUUUUGAUGCUUGUGAUGGAUAUGUUUUGAUGGUCGGGAUAGCCUCAGUGAUUAUUAAAGAAGAGAAAGCGGUUUUAUCAAGUUUGACACCAGCGGUUUCAAAAUCAGAUAACGGCUUUGCAAGAGCGGCGACUUCCAUUGACAGCAUACAUACGAAGCCUGUUCAAAUAGAAUCUGCUAAUCUGAUUGUGAAAUUUAUUGCCUCGACGUACGAUUCGGUAUACUAUACAUUGCACAUUCCACAAGUCGAUAACAAAUCUUCUGAAAUAUUGAAUUCGGCGGUCUUUAGUGUUGGCAAACAAAUGGAAGUGGUAGAUGAAAUCCGGAUUUGUUUCUUCAGUUUUGUUUCGUUAUUUGACCCCUCAAGAUUCUUCAGUUUGGUUUAUAGAGGCCUUGAAUUGCAAAGCAAAAUAGAUUGCGAUGAUAGUAUUUCAAAUGAAUCAGAAUCAGCGUCCAUCGAGAGCUCAUUACAUUCUAUUUUCACUCUCUUUUGUGGCCUACGAUUAUUUUAUGAAGCAACAAAUGGGAAAAAUAAAACAUUUUUGCAAGCGGUGAAGCCUUUCAUAGAGGUAUUUCUUGCCAGGUAUGUUCUGAUAAUCAAGAAGGGCAAAGUGGUUAAAAAAGUGUCUUCUUUGCAGACAAGAGCCGUUGAUAAGGACAUUACAGCACAAACCGCAAAAGCGUUGGUAUCCAGUGGCAUUGAAACUUCGAUCGGUAGUAAAGAUAGUCAGUCUGACACUAAGGUUAUCAAUCAAGUGCAGCGUUCAAUACCUUCAAAUAUUUCUUCGGGAUCAAGCUUUAGAAGGUCUUUACACUUACGAUCUCUAUCUCAUGGUAAAGCAAAUACUAUUUACACAACAAGGCAAUCACAAGAUCCUUUGUCUAAGGCGCAGACACACUUAUCUAUUCAACAAAGCGCGGGAAUUGAUCCACAUCAACAACCUUCAAUGAUCUCUAGUGGCAGUACAAAUGACUUCCGUAAUAGUUCAACUAUGGUCUCGGAUAAGCUGGGUGGCCUGCCAUCAAAUACUGCCUCCAAGUCUAAAAUAUUGUAUGGCGAGACCAAGAGUUUUGCAAAACUGUUAUUCAAGUAUCCAUCUGGAUUUGAUAAUAAAGAGAAAGGUGAGAAGCACCAUAAACGAUCUGUUUCCGAUGAUACACAUACAAUUUAUUCUGUUCUGACCGCCAGUACUGGAAUUAUACAUGAAAGUGAUACUAGUUUCAACGACCAUACUAAUCUUGGGAGUGCUGCUCCUUCCGUUGGAGGUCUCCAACAAAGCCAUUAUAAUUUGAAAAAAAAUUUGCCAGACUCAAGCGCUGAUAAUGAUAUUAAGGCAUACGAUAAUUCCCAAUAUCAGAGAAUUAUGGCCGACCCAGUAUAUGUUGCGAAGCGAACCCUAGCUAAUUUUUUUGAGAUUGUGAAACUUUCUCCUUUUUCGUUUUUUGAUUUGGAAAGUGUGGUGAGCAAAAGUGGGUUAAAGUGUGACAUGAAGAUUGCAGAGCAUCAAGAUUUCAAAAGCUUGUUGAUGGCUAUUCUUUGCGGUUUGAAUGAUGAAGAUAUCGGACUAAGCAAUGCAAGCCAGGAGUUGCUUUAUGUACUAUUGGACCACGAAUUGUAUUAUAAGAAUCAUGACACUGGAAUUGAAGUAUUGUCCGAUGAAUAUUUCAGAAUAUUGUCAUGUACAAUUGAAUUUUCUCAUGAAGUCAUCUUGCAAUUGGCCAAUAUGGUGGACUUAACUAGUCCGAGACUUCCUGUUUUGUUAAGUAUUAUAGCAGAAAUUUUUGCGAUGGAAGUAUCAAUCACUAAGAAAAAUAGUGAUAGGCUCUUAUCUGGACAGGCGCCUUUUGGAUUUGGUGAUCCGGAGUAUUUUGCUAGGGGAUUAAUGAGAUUGGACGUGGUUAUUUUUACAUUUUGCGCUGCUCCAAACAUCGAAGUUGCCCAGAUAGUGGAUAAGAUCAUGAGAAUUGUUGAUCAACAUUUAGAUUUGCUUGGAAUGAGUCCAUUGCCUGGCCAAGAAGAGGCUAUUUAUAAAAGAUGGCCACUUAGGAACUUUUUCUCUGCUUUCUCAAGAGAGUGCCGAAUUAGCGGAUUUGUUGGGCUUGUUGGCUUCCGAAAAAAGAUAAAGAAUUGCUUAAUAACUUAUGCCACUAUUCCAUCUGAUUCACUCUUGAUUGUAUGGGACCGGCUUUAUACUGUUUGGGAGAGCACAUUGGAAGAAGUUUCAAUUGAGAAUCAUGAUAGAUUGAAAUUAUUUGAGUCAGUAGGCAGAAUGCUAUCAAUGAUUUGCGGCGUGCUACUAUAUGAUAAGAAUUUGUCACAACUAUAUAUUAAUCAGAUUAGUAAUUUCAUCAAACAGAAUUUGAAAUUCAUCCAAUCAGGCGGCUUGAAAAUACAAGCUUUAGCCAAAAGUAUAAUAAUUGAAGAUAUACAUGAAAACGCCUUCAUGGCUUUGGCAUUGGAACUCUUAGAGUUCAUUGGUGAUUUUAUGGCUACAGAAUAUGAAAAUUCCAGCGAAUCCAGUAAGAUUAGUGUUGCAGAUUCAGUUAUUACAUUCAUGAAAGUUUUAUAUCAAGCAGGGAAUGAGUUGAAGAUAUUUGAAAUCACUACUGUUUUUAUUGAUAUAUUUAAAUCGCAGUUGAUAAUACUUGAAAACUCUAAGAAUCCUACAGGGUAUCAGUUAAAGAUUAAAGCGAUGGUAAUUGCUAGAGAAAAUGAUGGGCUCAGAAAGUUGCAUAUAGAUGGAUCCUUGAAACUUAGAAACACAUACGUCAAGUUGCUCAUGCGUUGGAUGGAAGAUUGUAUUCGUGCUCCUGAAGAUUUGGUACUAUCUGGUAGUGAUAAUGUAAUUACCUCACAAUCCGGCGCUGUCACUAAGAGUACAGAUGAAGAUUUACAAAAUCCACAAAACCCUCAUCUUAAGAACAAAAACCUGGGGUUGGUGUGGUAUCUCAAGUUACGAACAUGUAUGGAGUGCGCCAAAUUUUUGAGAAUGUUGACCUUAGACUUGAGAUUAGCUCCUGAAACUGCAGUUAACCGGAAUCAAUUAAGAGAGGAAAAUGAAGCUCUAAUCGAACAUUUUUUUAAUAUAAUUUUUUCUGCGAUUGAUAAGUUUUCUAAUUCUGGUAAUGGUGGAUCAGAUCCGCGUACUGUGGAAAUUUUAGAUAAUUUGGUGGUGGGAUUGGGAAAUCUAUUUGUAGCAAAUAUUGAUAUUGCAUUGGGUAGAUCGGUAUCAUUAGGUUUUCACAAGGACGAUCGAUUUCGAAAGAUAUUUUUGAAGAUUUUCACCACUAUUUUUGGUAACAGCUGGAAAAAUUUUUAUAAAGGAAAUUUAGAAGAAGAUAAAAGCUUUUGGCAAGAUCAGCUAUUAGAUGCCCUUGCGAAUCAUGUUGAUUUAGCGAUAGCAUUUGCGGAUAAUUGUCCAUCCAAGGAUGUUGAUCUUAUGGCUUACUCAUUGCUAAUGGCCUACGAAUCUCGUGGCAAGCCAUUAGAGGUGAUUUCCAAAUUGGUCCAGUAUGAAAUGCUUACCACAGUGCAAGCUUCCACUAUUUUGCGUCAAAAUACGGUGGCUGCCAGAAUGUUGUAUCUUUAUGCUAAAACUGGUGAAGGUAGUAUUUAUUUGCAAGAGGUUAUUGAACCAAUUUUAAACGAAAUAAUAAAUUCUAAGGAACCUUUUGAGUUUGAUUCUGCACAAAUAGCAAAUGAAGAUUCAAAAGAUUUGGCGUUUUUUAAGAAGUGCUUGCAUCGGUUGGUUGACACCAUUAGCGAAUCUGCUCCUGUUUUCCCUGCCUGCCUCAAGUACGUAUGUUACAUGAUUCGAAAGUAUUAUAUUGAGGCUUUUGGACUUAAGAAGGAUUAUAUGAAUGCCAUUGCUUCAUUCGUAUUCUUGAGGUUUAUUGUUCCUGCAAUAGUUAAUAACGAUUCGUUUAUGAGCUCUGGUAGAUACUUGAAUAGCAAAAUGAGUAAUUACUUCACAUUGUUAGCAAAAUUUAUUCAAGGCCUAGCCAGCAAUUCAGUAAAUAACGAUCGCUGGCCAUUCCUUCAGAACAAUCAGAGUAUUGUUGAAGAACUCAGUGGAAAAGUGUGCAGGUUUUUGGAUGAUAUUUCUCAGGCUAUUGAAAUGCCAAAAUGCGCUCUAAUUCAAUAUGAUUUGGAUAGAUAUUCAUAUUUGAAUGAGUUUGUGUUUGAUAAUAUUAUAGAAGUUAGGGCAUCAUUAUUAUCGCCAAAGAUUUCCCCAGUUGAGGCCACAUUAGAAGAAAAAUUUAAUACGUAUCUACAGUUGGAUAGGGCUGCUAACAAAUUGGGUGCUCCAGUAUUAGUCAGAAAAUUCAAGAUACCAGAGGUUAUUAAAAAUGAUUAUCCCAAAAUUUAUGAUUUCAUGAGUAGAUAUCUGAUGGUUGACAUCUCCACUAUUCUCUCAAUUCCAUUUUUCCACCAGGUGGAAUUCAACGAUGCAAUGGCGAUUGUUUUAUCAUAUUAUUACUUCCAAAAAUACAAAAUUGAUCAAUUUUUGGCUUGCUAUGUGUUCAUGCUGUGUAUUUUGGAUAACUUUGGCAAGCCAGUAAAUGUUGUUAUUGACUGUACUGAAUUUUCUAAAGUUUUGAGAAUUUUCCCGGAAGAUUUUUUUGUGUCGCUCCUAUCUGAGGAUAUAUUCGCGACUUUUACAGAUACUUACAUUAUUAAUGUGAACAGUGAGUAUUUGAAACUAAUGGAGAGCUCAAUGAUUAGGAAUAGUUUAUUGUAUAUCGAAAAAUUUGGUCGUCAAUUUGAAAGACUUCAUUUCAUUUCCACCCUUGAUAAUCCAGAGUACCUUGAUUUUUUUGGAUUGAGCGAUCACACUAGAGAAGUUUCAAAUGAGAAAGUAUUAUUGUCUGAGGAUGUUAGACUAAGGGUUGAUGGAGAUGAAGAGAAGUUUGUGUGUGCAAAAUUUAUGAUAGGUCCCAGAACUAUCAAGUUGCAGUGCGUGGAUGACUUAAGCUCUCAGGCAUCUGUACCGAUAUUAGAAAUUCUCAUCAUAAAGGAACAUCAAAUUGAAAUUUCUAAUACUGCUGAUGAAUUGGCUUUUUUGAACAUGAAUACGGAAAAGCGUACGAGAAUCGUGUCACAGAGAAGAUUAGAAAUCAUGGAAUUGUUCCAUGUUAAUAAAAACAAAACUCUGCAAAGGAAAUGGGAAUAUGAAGAAAUGCCAUAUCUGGUCCAUGAGAAGUCUGAAUCAGAUGUGGUAGACAAUAUUGACAAAUAUUUAGGUGACAUUUUAAAUUUGGUAUUUAGUGGGGUUUUAUCUGACAAUGAUCAGCUUCGGACUCAAAGUAAUCAUUUAUUGUUUUUGUUGCUUACUAAAUAUAAUAAAUUUAAGAUUGGAGCUAUCGAGUUUCUUUAUGACCCUGAAAGGCUGAUUCCCGAAGAUAAUACCUGGAGAAUUGUUUUAAUUUCAAAAAAGUUGGCAAAAAGUAAUCCAGAAUUAACGUUAAAAGUAAUAAAUGGAUUCUUCCAUGUGUAUAAUUCAACAGUGGGCAAGAAAAAAGAUUUUGUGAUGUACAUUUCACCAUGGAUGGAAAACAUUCAUGAGCACAUAUAUUGCUCCGACUCGCCAAAUGGCAUUGAUGAAACCAGAACUAUUAUCAAAGAGUUCAUCAGAUUGACUAAUAAUGAGCAGAAUUUUUAUAUUUUCAAGACAAUGAUAUGGAACGUUUUGACCUUGAAGGAUGAAUUGAGUGGUUUGAUCCUUAAAAACAUGGUUGAUUAUGUCAUUGAAACUUAUUUUAUCAGUAGUGAUCCUGUUCUUACUGGUAAUGUUAAAUCUUGGGCGAAAUUUGUGACGAUUAUUACGGAAUCAUCAACGUUAAUAUUGUGUUCUAAUUUAACUCGUCGUUUAAUCACCAUUUCGACUCAUUUGGAGAGUGCAAAUAAUGAAAAAUUGAUGACUGAAGUGAUGAUUUUGAUAAAAAUGUGUCGUUACUCCUUUUUUAAUUCGAAGCACCAAUACACUGUUUUCUUUCCGGAAUUGUUGUACAUUGUGAUGAUUUAUAGCAACAUUGGCUCCAAAACACUCAAAAAUGAUGUCUAUCAAUUGGCCUAUUCGCUUUUCUAUAUUUUCAAAUUUGAUGGUGAACACAAUUUGAUAGAAAACUAUUUGGAUAUUGGUGAGCUUUUGGAUUUCCUUAAACGUGAUACAGCAAGAUUUAUGUAUGGGUUGUAUGAUGAUGGCAAUCAUGGACCUUCCAAAAAGCAUGAUGAUAACAGUGAUAAGAAUGAAUCGACCAGACGAGCAAUUGUGAUACAAGAUCGCAACAGAAUAUUCGGUAAUAUUGGCCGUUUUGUGUCACUUUUCAAAAAAUGUUUGAAGUUUCUUUCGAGUUAUGAAGAUACAAAUCUUCUGAGAUUGUGGCGCCUGAAACUAAGUCGCUAUGUGACUGAGCUCGUCUUCCAUGGAUCGGGAAUACUAUAUUCGAAGGCAGUUUUAUUAUUCGGUGUUUUGGCAUCGGAAGGCAUAACUGAAAGUCUAAUGUUCCAUUUGAUUCGCCGUGCACAAUCUUAUGGUCACCGUCAACAUCUGGGUCUUUUUACUUAUGCUGAAAGCACAAUCCAUACUAUAUAUUCUCUCGGGUUGUGUAUGCACGGGAUCCCAUUCAAGCCACUUCUAAUAUAUUAUAGUUUAUGGGUCGCUGGCUCAAGGUGUUUGACCAAUGAUAUCCUUAUUUACGAAGCGGCAUUGAUGUUCUUUGAUAUGUCGGUUCAUAACUUGAAUUCAAAAUUGCACUUGUUACCUAAAACCUCAGAUGAGAAUAUUUGUGUGUUGUUUGAAGGACGUAAUCCUGCCGGCAGUAGCUUAUUGGAAUACGAAAAGUUCUGUGGGUUUGAAGUCACAUUUGAAAAUCAUGACUUGUACUUUUGUUAUAUUCUUUUACGUGGAGUUCGAAUUCCAUACCUAAAGACUGAGAUUGUGAAAAUUUUGAAAACUUGCAUUAAGGUCAAGAGAGGCCUCCUAAAUAACAAUAAUACCAUGCAUCUCUAUGCACCAUAUUUUACUUUCUUAUUUGUUGUUGAUGAUCUAGAUGAUUUCUGGAAGUUUUUUAAGGAAGUGGGUCUCAAAGAUGAGGGAGUUAUUAGGUUAGAUAAUGAUAUCCAGAUUCCUCAAUGUAUUUCAGAAUAUGUGACCAGUGAUUCUGAAUAUGGUUUGGCAUUUUUGAUAAUGUUGUCAAUUUAUUUCAAAUCAACUACAAUAGAUUAUGUGGAAUGGUCUAGAUUUUUAAUUUUAUUGAAACAUGUUGCCAGAGAAAAUAUUGUGAUGAUGAAAAAGUUUUACCAUGCCUUCUCUGAUAUGAUUGCCACUACGAGAGCCCAGGUCCAUAAAUCAUUAACAGCGUUGUCAAUUAUCGUAGACAUUUUCAAAAUUCUUUCGGACUGUGAAGAUCAGACUGCAUAUCCUGAAGAUUAUCUGGAUAAAAUGUUAGAUGAAAUGAAGAUAUCGGGAGUCAAGAGAUUUGAGUUUCUUAGAUAUGACGAGUCAGAAAGGAAUGAAAUAUUAAAUGAACGGUUUUUACAACAACAAAAAAUGAUGAAUAGUAUUUUGCUGAAUGGCUGGAAGUAUUUCUGUGGGAGCUAA